AUGAUAAUGGUGGAGUUUUUUUCAGAUGAAGAUGAUUCGAUUUCUAUCAAUAGUGAAUUGGAUAUUGAAAGUUUAGACGGUUCCUGUCAAAAUAACUUUGAAGUGGGUGUUGAUGUGCAUCCCAGUGAAAGUUCUGAUUUAUCAUUGCCACAAUCUGAUCCACGUAUUUAUGUAGUUGUCAACAAAACUCGACAACUUCUUGAUAUUAUAAAAAAUUCCUCAAUAUUAUCAUCAUUCAUGAAAAAGAAAAAAUAUGAAUAUAAUCAAUACAAUGAUAGUAAAAUAAAGUGUUCAUUAUUGUUAGAUAUACGUAAUCGUUGGAAUUCAACGUACAAGAUAUAUAACAAAAAACAACAACAACGUUUAAGCGUAUUAGAAUUAACAAGUGAUUAUUGGUAUAUAAUUGAAUUAUUAAUUAAAAUAUUGAAGCCAUUUUAUCGAGCAACUAAAGCACUUAGUGAUAGUGAUUAUCCGACAAUAGGAAUUACAUUAUUUAUCUUCCGUCAUCUUGAAAAAGAUUUCUUAUCUAACAUUAGCCCAACAGAUGAUCCAUUAUUUAAUAAUAUGAAAAAAUGUUUAUUAAGUAAAAUGAUUUAUUAUAAUAUCGUAAAAGAUCCAUCACAAACAAAAGCAAUUGUGGUGAGCUGUUUAUAA